AUGCAUGCAGUAGUGGGGGCGGAGGUCCCGUUGCUGCUCCCUCCUCAGCUGGUGGAGACGGGACUCUGUGGGGAGGCCAGCAUCGUCACCAUGGCAGCGCUGGCCCCCUGCAUGGAUCCGUACCCAAACUGGCCCGUUCGCCUGUCAACCAUUCAGGUGUUGGUUUACAGCCCCUGCGGUAUGCCUUACCUGGAAGCCAACAUGGCCGCUCCCUUGAGCUUCCUGAAAGCCCUGGCAGGCUCUCUGGUUUGGGGAGAGAUGGGGCUCACCAUGGUGACCUGCGCUGAUAAGCUGCUGGUAGCGGGUGAAGCACCGGAAUCAAAAGGCGUCCUGUGUUGUGACAUGGUGUUCCAUGUAGAGGACAAAGAGAGGAACCAGGAAACAGAGUCCAAAUGGAACCACACUGUGAUGCAGACUCUCACUCUCUUCCUCUUUCUUCAUCACUCUGACCCCUUCCACUCACAACUCUCUGACAUCAUAGCCAACGAAGAGAUGUUCGAGAAACACUUAGACCAGGUCCUCUGGCACAACAGUGAAAGAGUGACAUCAUCACUGCAAUCUCUACUUGAAAAGACACUCAAAUCUUAUCAGAAGAAAUGCUUGAAUCAGGGAAAGAUGCAGUCAGCACUGUCUGUGAUACUCAGCUCCCUUACCAGUGUGGUUAACAGUAGUAGCAGUGUUGAAUUCCGGACUGCUUGCUUGGACAAUAUGAAGGUACAGGACACUCAUCAGCUGUCCACGUCUCUUGAGCGAUCGCUUCACAACAUCACAGGAAGUCGGGUUCUUCCACUUCACAGGUGCGGCCCUAAGAAGCCUGAGAUUGGAGGUGGGCAUGGCUCUGCAGUCCAGAGACCAGAGGAGCAGGAGGAAACCUGUGUGCAGGAGGUGGGGGAGACUGACUAUCACGCUGAACUUGUGUCCUGCACCGCUAAGAGACAGGGGACAGCGCCCUCUGCUGAUGAAUCACCUUUCUACAAGCAGAGACCCACAGAGGUGACCCAGCUACAAGAAAACCUGCUUUCCUCCUCACCCGUUUCCCAGAGCCAGCUGUGUGUAAGGAACACGCCAUCGGUAACACUCACCACAAGCAUCUCUAACCAAACCCAACAGGCAAGGACCUCAAUUUAUGUGCUGUUGUAUGCGAGUUAUCUCAAACCUUUUUGUCAUUUUUUACCCAAAUCAUUUGCAAAGAGUGCACAGCACCUCUGUGGUUAUGAUUAACUUGUUGAUAAGUGUGUUUAUAACAUUUAUAACGUGGCUGAGUCUUAUUAAUGGCAUUUGCUUUUGCCCUUUCCUUAGGAAGACACACAGUGGCUUCAAGCAAUUCAAGAUUUUUCUGAAUGGGACUGAAGCCAACAGGACUGAUAUUACUGUUACAACACAUUACAAUCAAAUUGUUUAAAACUAAAAUAUUGUGUAGCCUUUUUUUUAAAUUGAUACAUUUUUGUAUGCAUAUAUGGUACCACAAUCUUACGCUUGUAAAUGUUACUUAAAUUAUAAUUGAUGGCGUGUGCUUCAUGCAGGGGUAAAAUCAACUUUUAAAUAUUGUAGCCUACACAUUGAUUUGAUUUGUCACAGUCGUGCUUGAUCACAACUGAAGUGAUAAUAAACAAACUGGUGUCCUA